GCAGUGCUCUCAGAUGUGAGAGGGAUGGAGAGGGAUGGAGAUGGGUGCAGAGGUGAUGUGUGCUUGGUGCUCCCAGAGACGCACAUGCUUCUGAUCGCACUCGACCCCACGGUACCGCACUCCACCACUCAGCACAUGCUCGCAGCCAUCCCCAACUCGUAUGCAGAGAUCCUCGCUGUCACCUCGCUGCACGCGCUAACGGGAGACGUACGCGAGGACGCGGAUGUGAUUAUAACGAACCGGGCUCUUGCGGCGGAGGGCGGGGAGUCGCCGCAUGCGCGCGCUGUUCGCGUUCUGGCGGAGGAGGACUUUCUCUCCCCUGGGGAAGCGGAAGGGGCUGCGUUGGCGGUGGAGGAGUAUAGACGGAGCCUGAAGAAGAACAAGAAGGGGAAGAAGGGGAAGAAAUGCAAGAAGGGGAAGAAGGGGAGGAAAUGCAGGAAGGGGAAGAAGGGGAAGAAAUGCAAGAAGGGGAAGAAGGGGAAGAAAUGCAGGAAGGGGAAGAAGGCCCUGAAGGCGAAGGCAAAGAAGCUGAGAAAGCAGGCGAAGUCGCUGAUCGCCAAGGCUAAGGCGCUCGAGAAGAAGGCCAAGUAG